AUGCCAAAAAUCAGAACAACUCGAACCAAAAGACCUCCACCAGGAUUCGAUGAAAUAGAACCUACACUAGAAGAAUUUGCAAGAAAAAUGAAAGAAGUUGAAAAUGAAUCUCAUGAAGGAAAACGUAUUGUAGAAAGUACGUGGCCAGUGUUUCGUAUUCACCAUCAACGUUCACGUUAUAUUUACGAUCUUUAUUAUAAAAGAAAGAUUAUUUCUAGAGAACUUUAUGAUUAUUUGAUCAAGAAUAAAUAUGCUGAUGCUAAUCUUAUAGCUAAAUGGAAAAAGCCUGGAUUUGAAAAACUAUGUUGCCUUCGUUGUAUUCAACCUAAAGAUACAAAUUUUGGCACAACAUGUAUUUGUAGAGUACCAAAAGAAAAGUUAGAAGAAGGAAAGAUAGUAGAAUGCGUCUUAUGUGGCUGCAGAGGUUGUGCAAGUGGUGAUUAA